UUGAUUUGACGAAAUGAAAUAAUCGGAUAUGCUCCUCGACUCGGUUCAGGUACACCUCGGCUAUGAUUUUCUAGAUGCAGGUAAGGUUCCUUCACGAGAGCACAAUUGCUUAUGAGUAGUGAGGUGAGAAAAUGCUGUGGAAAAACAAUGUAACCAAACUGUAACACUAAAUAUAUAUUAUAAAUCAAUUUAGUGUUAUUUCACAAAAAUAUGAGAAUAUAACAAAAAUUUUCACUUACAAUCAAUAAUGUUAGCGCCGAGCUAAAGCUCUGGGGAGUAUCGGCAGUGUUCGCCAAUUGUGAUACACGCCUCCUUUGUGUUUCUAUCUCACUCGUACAAGCCUGCAACAGACAGAGAAACGACUUGCUAUAUAAUCGCUUUUCUCAGUGGAAAAUCAUCAUUCACGUUAGAGAGCUAUUAGUACGCGCUUCUCGACACCAUGGACAAGUCACACCGUGCAUCCUCAUCCUCAUUCUUAUUACCAGACAGCCCGCCUCCGGAGAGGGAGCUGAACUACUGGGAACAGCAGAAGCAGCAGAAAAGCCUCAGCUCAGCUGCCACCUAUGCUGCUACAGCUGCUGCCUCCACCUCUGGCACCUCCUCAGAUCCCUUGAAGAAACAAGGGAUCUUCGUCCAAGAUGAGGAUUCCAGCAUCAUCAUCCCAGACAGCAGCCCUCUCCCGCAAGCUACUUGGGCACCACGCCGAGCGGCCCUCACAUCGGUACCCGCCCCCAAGCAGUCAGUUAAGCGGGGGUUGUUUGUCGACGACGAUGAGGAGCCCGGCGUCCUCACUCAAUCAAAGAAACGUGUGGUGGAUGAGGACAGCUCCAUAACGCCUCUUUUGCGGGAGGAGGAGGAGGAAGCGGAGAACGAGAUGGAGACGGAGGAGUUGCUUGCGAUUAUUAAUCGGACAGAGAAACCGUGGACGCCUCUCCGGCAGUUGGUGGAGAACACGCCGUACCCCAUCGUGGCGGUACGCCAGAUUACCAACCAACAUGGUCGGCGCAUAAUAUUAAAAGUCCAUUUGACAGCUUCACGACUGACGGACAUAUACAUGCCGGAGAGGUACACCCAGGGUUUGACCUCUAAAGACGUCGAUCAUUUCGACAAAAAUUGCAAAAAUCUUUGUCUCUUUGUGAAGCAUGUUAAUGCUUUUUUAACUGACAUAAAUAUUGUCAAGUGCAAAAUUAGCAAAUUUGGCAUUUGA